GGAGAAAAAUAGAGGUUUUUCUUACCCUAGCUGAGUUUUGCCAAACCCACGCAGCCCAUCGAGUGGUCGUGGAUGGGACUGGGGUUGCUGACAUCCUGGGUCAUCUUUCUGCACCUGUCGCAGGCUGGAUGAGAGCAGUGUUUGGAUGCCAGGGAGUUGUGGAGUUGUUGCUGGCUGCAUGGUAGUGGUGGCAGAGCGGCUAUUGCUGAUGAGAGCAAGAGGAGAGGAGAUGGGCUUGGCUCUGCGCUCCUAGCCAGAAAGCAAAGCACGGGCUGCUGAAACCUGCCAGCCUUAGUCUGGUGUGUCAGAAGGAAGUUACUGUUCAGCGUCAAGAUGUACUUUACAAUGGUGAAAUCCAAGAAGUUCCCACAGACGUCUGUAGCUGCUCAUCUGCCUCAAGGCAGGAGGAUUGAAAAGGCAAUGGGGAUGGAGAGGUGCAGACUGGAAGGGCCAUCUGGACUGGAAGGGCUGUGAAGGGUCUGUCUCUCUCCCCCUGGCCUUGGGGCAGGGACCACUCUCCCUCUGUCAUUUGCUUUGAGUUUGUUGCUGCUUGUUCUGCCUUCCAGGACACAGGCAUACCUAAGUCUCCUCCUCUUUACCGAAGCCUUUCUGUGAUUGAAUUUAUCCCAUUUCCCAUCCCCACCAGAGCAGGGCAUAUGCCCUUCGAUUUGAAGCAGAGCAGGGCAUAUUUUCUCCCUGUCCUUCAAUUUGAAGCUUGUCCUUCAGCAUCUCCAGGAAUGGGACUUUUGCUGUUUCCUUCAGAAACCACUGCAAAAAGUAAUAGUCCUUAUUCUAAUAACAUCAGGAAGACACAUUCUUCCCUGUGCCUUUCAAUUUCCAAAGCUUGAUACUUGAACAGUUCAAGAGCGUUGCGUUACAGGAGCUAAAAAUAAUGGAGUAUGGAGAUGAAGGGUGCAGCCCGUGUUUUUAGCUGGAGAUGGAGAUGAAGACAGCGACUUGCCAAUGGAGAUGAAUUAAAAUGCAGCACACCACGUGCACAGAAGACAGGAUCUACCACGCACUGGAAAGAUGUCUACAUGGGCUUAGCAGAGAUGCUGUCUCCAGCAGAUGGGCUGCCGGGCUGUGCCUGAACUGCUGGAGCCUGCAGGAGCUGGUGAGCCGAGACGCCGGCAACUACCUCAUCCUCGUGGAGAAGAUCCUCAGCAAGGCCAAAGAGGUGCAGGAGAAGUGCGACUACGAUCUCGUAAUGCCCCUGGCUCUGCUGUUCUACUAUGCGGUCCUGUAUGCUCCUCACUUCCCACCAGGCUCCGACCUGCUCCUGAAAGCUGCCAGCAUAUACCACAGCUUCCUGACCUGGCCCGUGCCCUACUGCGACAUCUUCCGCGAGCUGCUCACCUUCAUCAGCAAUGAACUCAAGGCCCCCGGGAUCUCUUUCCAGAGGCUGGUGAGGACAGAGCAGGGGCUGCCUGUGAAGAACUACCAGAGCUCCACCGUAACGGUGCUGCUGCUCAACCGCUCUGAGGUGCAGAGCGAGUUCCUCUCCAUCGCUGAGAAGCUGAGCGCUAGCGAGCACCCGCAGCGUGCCACGCUCGUCGUGCUCCUGGAACACCUGUACCAGGCCAACUUUGGCACCCGCUGCGACCUGGACAGCCUGCACCACCUCCUGAAGUCCAAGACGCUGGAAGAGCUCUCGGAGAUCUAUGCCAGUGCCGCCGACGCACAGGAGAUUGCAGCCACCAGCAGUGACCCUGUCCUGGCCCGGGAGCAGCUGCAGUCCGUGCUGCGGGACAUCGCUGGGGCCGCAUCCUUUCCUGCCAUUGCCGGUGAGGCUCAGCCCCGCAAGCUCCACACCAUCCCCAUCCCCACUGCUCGCUGCUACACUUACAGCUGGGAUCAGGAUAACUUUGAUAUCCUCAAUGAUGUCCUGAGCAAAGAGUGCAGCGUUGUUGAGCCCAUGGCCUCCGAGAACGAGGAGGAUGAAGAGGAAGAGGAGGAGGUGGAAACUGAUGGCUGUUUCCCCGAGCGGGACUCACUGCUUUCCCCCAUCCGCGCCAUUUCCAAAGAUUCUGUGUACUCGGCGCUGUCAGAGGAGGGAUCUAAGCCCUCACGAAUGUCCCUCUUCACCACCUCCAAGGACUCCAUCUCGGAGCUGACGGUGGUCUCCAGAAAGUCCCUGAAGUCAUUCGUCUCCAGUCUGAAGGACUGCAUGGACAGCGGGUAUGCAGAGGACAGCGACGAGAGCUCCCUGGACAUGGUGGGGAGGUCGGAGCUGAAGGUAGAGAAGACCCACCACAAAUACAGACACACGCUGACCAACAAGAUCUACAAACUGUUCAAGAGCAAAAGCCAGCUGGUCUUGAGGAGGGACCUGAAGGACUGCCCAGACAUGGGCUCGCUCUCGCUGCCCCUGCGCCGGGCUGAGAGCCUGUGCACCCCCCAGGCCAAGCACCGUGUCCCGGCACGCUCCCGGCGCGCUCACUCGCUGCCGCAGCACGUCCUGAGCCAGCGGCUGCCGGCCUCGCUCGCCCCGCGGCACCUCAGCCUCCACCGACGGCCCUUCCUCAGCUACGACGAGGACGCCAAGGUGUCCACGCUGCGCGUUGUGGUCUUUGGCUCUGACCGCAUCUCAGGGAAAGUGGCCCGAGCCUACAGCAACCUCAGGCUCAAGGAGAGCACCUGCCCCUCACUGACAAGGUACUUCAAGCUGCAGUUUUUCUAUGUCCCCGUGAAGAGGAGCUGCUUGGCUCCAUCAACCCCACUGAUGCAUCCCUCCCCGUCCCCGGGGGACCCACAGCUCCGGGCCUCGGCACAGACGGAUCCCACCUUGUCUGGGAUGGAGAGCAGCACCAACGACGUCUCCCACUACAUCGGCAUGUUGGACCCAUGGUACGAGCGGAACGUUCUUGGGCUGAUGAACCUGCCCAUGAAUGUCCUGUGUCAGUCUGCCAAGCCGGAGGCUGAGCCCCAGGAGGACUCCCAGGAGCAGCUGCCCAUCCUGGCAGACAUGAUCCUCUACUAUUGCCGCUUCGCCACGCGCCCCGUCCUGCUGCAGCUCUACCAGACAGAGCUCACCUUCAUCGGGGGAGAAAAGAUGACCGAAGUCUUCAUCCAUUCCCUCGAGCUGGGCCACUCAGCGGCCACACGAGCCAUCAAGGCGUCAGGUCCAGGCAGCAAAAGACUGGGCAUAGAUGGAGACAGAGAAGCAAUCCCACUAACACUACAGAUCGCCUACAGCAAGACAGCCAUCAGUGGAAGAAGUCACUGGAAUGACGUUGAGAAGGUCUGCACAUCUGUCAACCUUAGCAAAGCCUGCAAGAAGUAUGAAGAACUAGCCUCAAAGACAGAGUGUCUCAACUUGACCAUGACGGAGGUGGUCAAAAGGCAGAACUCCAAAUCCAAGAAAAGUUUCAAUCAGCAGAUCAGCGUGUCUCAGAUAAAAGUAGACAAGGUGCAGAUUAUCGGUCUCCAGUCCUCCUUCGCCGUGUGUCUGGACCAGGAUGAGCAGAAGAUCCUGCAGAGUGUAACCAGGUGUGAGAUCUCUGUGUGCUACAAACCCAGGGACAGUGAUCUCUUUGCACUGAGAAGGUCCUCUUUGCCUCUUCAGGACCCCUCCGAGUUUCAUUCUCUUCUGUGUUUACCCAUUGCCACCUUCAGUGGAGCACUGCCGUAGAAGAACCCUGUGUCCUCUCAGACCAGACUCCCAUCCAACACCAAUAUAGGCUCAGAAAAAGGAAGCUGACUGUUGUCCUUUGGGCUGGAGACCCAGCUGUUCUUGUCCAAGACAUCCUGCAGCCAAAGUGUUAGUGUGGCUGAGCUGCUCCUGGUCUGGGCUUAGCCCAUCCUUGGGAAAUGGGAACAUUGGUGUUGUGUUCUGGUAUCUCUCAGGGUUCCUCAGCAAUGGCAGGAAAGUGGUUUUCUUGAGAUGUCCACCUGGUUCAGCAGACUGCCAACACCAGCAUUGAGAGGGCAAGGCAAGGACAGUGAUAUUUUCCUGCCAGCAAAUGGUGCUGUGGCUGUAUUUGACAGCGACUGCAAGGCCACUAUGAUCUGGGGGAAGAUCAUGGGGGGACAUUUUGGAAAAUGAAUGUCCUUGGCUGAGUGGUGGUAGGUGGCCUUCAAUGCAUGUGGAGUUGCAGAUCACCCAACUGAUGUCCUGAUGGCAUUUCACCUGUGACAGGUCGAGGAUGCUCAGGACAGUUCUUUGGGGACAGGCUUUCUCAAGGUUUCCUUUAAAUUAUGAAGGUUGGGUGUCUUGCAGAGAAACAGUGCAGAGCAGAGCAACCCAGCUGAGGCCCAGAAAGACCCCAGCAUGGGUUGUAUACUGCUGCUUGCGUUCCAGUGAAUUGAGUGCAAUAGGCAUACCAGGGCAUGGAGAGCUUGUCAUGUUUUUACUGUAAAUCCAGGACCUGCAGGAGGUGAACUUCCAAUUUCUGCGUCCACCCAUGAGAUGUACUCCCUGUUCAGCCCACGUUCUUGCAUCCCGCUUCCCAGCACUGUACGCUAGAGACACCCCAGUGGCUGAAUCCUCAAUGGUUGCUUGAAAUAUGGCAGGAACCAUGCUCACACUCAUAGGAGGGAGGGAAUUACUAGGGAAACCACUAGGAUUGCUUUAAGCUCACCUGAAGAGGCAGCUUUGCUAGAGAAGGACCCAGCACCAAAAACACUAGUGACGCUUGCAAGCGACAAUAGGAUUUGAGAUUCCUCCUCCCCUGCAAAGAGGCUUUCCACCCUCUUCCUUCUCUCUGCAAGGCUGUAGGUACAGAAAGGUGCAAUAUUUGGGGGUAUUUAGAGGUAUUCUGACCCCAUGAGCAAAAAAAAAAUGAGACUAGUUUCAUAGCCAUCAAGCUGUUCCUCAGUAGUUUUUGGUGAUUGCACUAAUGGUAACGGGCAGAAGAGCAUGCUGCCUGUUGCAGGCUAAAAGGAUCUUAAUGCCGAGGACAUGUGCUCCCUGUAAACGUCUGGAAGGGACCCCUGAUACUGGUGGGGACUGCAGGGCUCAGCCACAGCAUGAUCAGUUCAGUGCGGGUCCUUUGACCCUCCAGACAACAGAACCUGCUCAGCUCUUAGCGCUAGUUAGAACAUGGUUGGGCUCUGUCCCCAAGGGCUGGUGGCACAGCAGCAGUGUCAUUUGAGGUUAAAUCUCCCAGGAAGAGGGCCAGAGCCCCUGGGGCUUCAGUUGUCUCAGAGAAGCGUGGGUCAGGUUUGUCUGCUGGAUUUCUCUACAUCGCUCCUGGAAGUGUUUGGGGGAUCCCUCCUGUGCCAUCAACUCUGAUCCUGGCCCUGCUGGCUGCUGGACCUGCUUUCUGUUCCCACUGCCUCUCUUGUUUGGGGACAGCUUGGUCUGGGCCCAGUGGUGAAUAUCUUGGGUUAAGAAGGUGCUAGCUGGCUCUUUGGUGUCCGCAGCAGCUCUGGGUGCAGCUUCUGCCAAUGGCCAGAGAUGAGCAAAAACAAGAUGUGAACGUGCCCCCGAGGCCGCUGUGCUUCAUCCUUCUACUUGAAUAAACCAUCCCAAGGAUGGUGUUGCCUUGUGGACUCCAAGAAAAGACCUUCGUGUGGGGCGAAGCAUCACUUGAACAUAAGCAGGCGCUCUGGCUCCACCACGAUGCGAAGCCGGCUUGGACUCCUGGCAAGAACCCGCCUUCCCCGGCCACCCACCAACUCCAGGAGCACCUGACUUUUCCUAUGUGCAUGGAGCAGUGUCCAUCCCUUGCUCGCAGCAUGGACUUGGCAGGGACACCAAGACACUGGUCAUGGUGGGCUGUCCCCUUGCUCACAGGGUGCCUGUGGUGCGAUGUGGGAGCAUGCUCUGAGGUCGCUGCUGUGCACUUCUGCACAUCGGUAUUUUAAGUCCAAUAGGCUCAAUGGAUCAGACAGAUUUUAAUAGCUCUUUCCAUGCACUUGGAAAACGUUUUCCCACUGGCUUUUCAUUUCCCAAACAGGUUUGUGUGUGUCUUCUCAAAUGGGGCUGAAAUUUGACGCUGUUUUUUUUGUUUAAUACUUUAAAAUAGCACCUUAUCCUGUCAAAACAUUGCUAUUUGUGAUCUUGAUAUCCGUGGCUAAAUAUAUCCCUGCCGCUGUUAAUGAUAUAAACCUCUUUGGUUUCAGCUGGCCCUCCAGAAAUACUAGAGAAGAGAAUUUCCAUCUCAUAGAGAAAAACAAGCACAAACUCUAGGGACUCAUAAUCCUGGCUAAGGUUUUGACCUCUGAUGCUUUCUGGAAAUGGAAGACGUCUGAGGUUCUUUCAGGUCAUCUUUGUACAUAUGUGCAGCCUCACCAAAUCUGUGUAAUGUCUGUGCUAAUCUGUAAAAUACUGUUCAAAGAACUUUUUAAGUAAUUGUAAAAUAUUAAAUGUUGAUUUAUUUCGAGUACAAA